CUGGUCUGUGUCUUGCAAGCAACUGCGUUGACGCGUUCAUCGUCUUUUUUUUUAUUGUCGUUCACCUACGGGAUCCUCGGGGACUGCCAGCACGUGACGUUGAUUACUUCACUGCCUUUGUUACAUAAGGAGCCACUAACAACGAUGGCGGAUGUCUUGAAGUGGAUACAGGAGCUGGUGGGACACACACCCGGGAUAGUGGUAGUGGGCUCCGCUGUAGUCGGUCUGCUAGGCUUCACCUCCUACCUGUGGAGCAGACCUAAGCCUCUUAGUUUCGGAUUGGAUUACGACAACCAAAGCUUCAUUCUACAGGGCGGAGUCCGUGCAUCGCGAUGGACGGGGCAAACUGGGAAGCUGAUCGAGUAUCUCUACGACGAUGCCAAGACUGUCUACGAAUGUUUCUUGCGCGGAAGACGAAUCACAGGAGAUGGCAAGUGUCUUGGGACCAGGUCUGGGCCUAACCGAGAGUACGAAUGGAUGAGUUAUAACCAAGUGUUUGACAAAAUUCAGGCUUUUGGGUCAGGGUUAAGUCAGCUUGGACUAAAUCCUGGACAAAAAAGUAUUCUUGGUAUUUUCGCCAAGAACAUACCUGAGUGGACCAUUGCCGAUAUGUCUUGCCAGAUGUUCUCAAGGAUCAGUGUGGCCCUAUACGAAACACUUGGGAUGGACGCCGUCACUUAUGCCAUCAAUCUGUGUGAGAUCAGCACUAUUGUCUGCGACACGGUUCAGAGGGCAGCUGCUCUUUUGAACAAGGCCACGUCCAUACCCUCCCUCAAAGUCAUCGUCUUAGUUGAAGACAUCACCAAGGAACUCCAGGAUGUGGCUGAGGCGGCGGGUGUCACGCUUGUGAGGUUCAGUGAUGUGGAGGAAAUGGGCAAAAAAGAUUUACAGAACCCUGUGCAUCCAAAGCCUUCUGAUUGCAGUACCAUUGUGUUAACGAGUGGUACAACAGGUGAUCCAAAGGGUGUAAUUAUCUCUCAUCUCAACAUGGUGUCAGACAUGUCUGCAAGCUGCUUAGUUCUGAAGACAUUUCAAGACCUUACUCCUGAUGAUUGUCAUCUGUCCUAUUUGCCUCUGGCUCAUGUCUACGAAAGAGCAAACCUGGUUGCACUUCUAUGCCAUGGAUCUCACGUGGGCUAUUUUUCUGGGGACAUCAAACUGUUAAUAGAUGACCUGCAGGCACUGAAGCCAACCUACUUCCCAACUGUACCACGCUUGCUCAAUAAAAUCAGGGAUAAGGUGAUCAGCAGUGCUGAAAGCAGCAAAGUCAAGUCAUUCUUUCUCAACUGGGCCCUCAGAAGCAAAUUAGCAGAAGUCAAUAGGGGUAUCAUUCGAAGGAACAGCAUCUGGGACAAGUUGAUAUUUGGCAAAGUUCAGGAGCUGCUCGGUGGGCGUGUUAAAAUUGUCAUCACUGGUUCUGCCCCUUUGUCCCAAGAUGUUAACAACUUCAUUCGUUGUGCCUUUGGAUGCCAGGUUAUUGAAGGCUAUGGGCAGUCUGAGUGUACAACUGUUAUCACACUUCAAUCUCCAGGUGACCCUGUCCCAGGUCAUGUUGGAGGACCCAUUGCUUGUAACUAUGUGAAACUCAUUGAUGUGGCAGAAAUGGAAUACUAUGCCAAAGAUGGCAUAGGGGAGGUGUGUGUUAAAGGUAACAAUGUGACUUCUGGUUACUACCACAACGCACAGAAGACAUUUGAGCAUUCAUCUGAUGGCUGGUUACGUACUGGAGAUAUUGGUGUCUUUCAUCCUAAUGGAACCCUGUCAAUUAUUGACCGCUGCAAAAACAUCUUUAAACUUUCUCAGGGAGAGUACAUUGCACCAGAAAAACUGGAAACAAUCUACUCACAUAGCAAAUACGUAGCACAGUGCUUUGUGGAUGGCAACAGUUUAAGGAGUUACUGUGUGGCAGUUGUUGUGCCUGAUCCUGAUGUUGCUCAAGUGUGGGCUAAUAAUAACAACUGUCCAGCAGAUAUAAAACAACUGUGCAACAACAAGAAUCUGAAAGACACCAUUUUGAAAGAUAUGCUGGAUGUUGGGCGUAAAGCUGAAUUAAAAGGGUUUGAACAGGUCUUGGAUAUCUGUCUAGAGCCCGAUUCUUUUAGUGUUGAAUCUGGUCUUCUGACUCCAACUUUCAAAAACAGACGUCCACAACUCCGCAAACACUUUGCCGACAAAGUGGCUGCAAUAUAUGCAAAAUUUGCAGAAUGAAAAUGUUUUUAUCCAUGAAACUCAACUUCCACCUAAUUAUGGGCAGCAAUAUUCACAUUCAUCAGUAUCUUCUUUCUUUAAACUGGAAAUCCAUCUUAACAUAAAUAUUUCACAACUGUCCAAGGUUUUCAUACUAACAUAUUCGGUUAGUUUGCUUCAACCUCAAGGAAUGAUAUGCAGACUGCAUGAGAAAGACCUCUUCCUACAACUUCCACCUUUCAUUGUUUUUGUUUUUGUUUGUUUAGUCCUUGUUACUCCUUGAGGAGCGCAUAGGGCCGCAACAACACCUCAUCAGCGGACCCAGUUUUGGACAGCACCUUUCAGUUGGGC